GCCGGCAUGGGGCCCGCCGGGAGCCACCUGAGCCCCCGCCUGUGCCUGCUGCUGCAGGUGCUGGGCUUGUGCGCCGGCAUCAGCUCCAUGGACAGCGAGCGCCCGGGCGACGGGCGGUGCCAGCCCAUCGAGAUCCCCAUGUGCAAGGACAUCGGCUACAACAUGACGCGGAUGCCCAACCUGAUGGGCCACGAGAACCAGCGCGAGGCGGCCAUCCAGCUGCACGAGUUCGCGCCGCUGGUGGAGUACGGCUGCCACGGGCACCUCAAGUUCUUCCUCUGCUCCCUCUACGCGCCCAUGUGCACCGAGCAGGUGUCCACGCCCAUCCCGGCCUGCCGGGUCAUGUGCGAGCAGGCCCGGCUCAAGUGCUCCCCCAUCAUGGAGCAGUUCAACUUCAAGUGGCCCGACUCCCUGGACUGCGGCAAGCUGCCCAACAAGAACGACCCCAACUACCUGUGCAUGGAAGCCCCCAGCAACGGGUCGGAGGAGCCGCCCCGGGGCUCCAGCAUGUUGCCCCCCAUGUUCAGGCCGCAGCGGCCCAGCGGCGCCCACGACUUGCCGCAGCCCAAGGACAGCCUCAGCCGGGGCUCCUGCGACAACCCGGGCAAGUUCCACCACGUGGAGAAGAGCGCCUCCUGCGCCCCGCUCUGCAGGCCGGGGGUGGACGUGUACUGGAGCAGGGAGGACAAGCAGUUCGCCGCCAUCUGGAUUGCCGUCUGGUCCAUCCUGUGCUUCUUCUCCAGCGCCUUCACCGUCCUCACUUUCCUGAUCGAUCCCCAGCGCUUCAAGUACCCCGAGAGGCCCAUCAUCUUCCUGUCCAUGUGCUACUGCGUCUACUCGGUGGGGUACAUCAUCCGCCUCUUCUCGGGCGCCGAGAGCAUCGCCUGCGACAGGGACAGCGGCCAGCUCUACGUGAUCCAGGAGGGCUUGGAGAGCACCGGGUGCACCAUCGUGUUCCUGGUGCUCUAUUACUUCGGGAUGGCGAGCUCCUUGUGGUGGGUCAUCUUGACUUUGACUUGGUUUCUGGCUGCUGGGAAAAAAUGGGGGCACGAAGCCAUUGAGGCCAACAGCAGCUACUUUCAUUUGGCAGCCUGGGCCAUUCCAGCUGUGAAGACCAUCAUGAUUUUAGUUAUGAGACGGGUAGCUGGAGAUGAGCUGACAGGACUGUGCUACGUCGGAAGCAUGGAUGUGAACGCCUUGACGGGAUUUGUACUCAUCCCUUUAGCUUGCUACCUAAUCAUUGGCACGUCUUUUAUUCUCUCUGGUUUUGUGGCCCUCUUCCACAUCCGGAGGGUGAUGAAAACCGGCGGGGAGAACACAGAUAAGCUGGAGAAACUCAUGGUCCGGAUUGGUGUCUUCUCGGUCUUGUACACGGUGCCUGCCACUUGCGUGAUAGCUUGCUACUUUUAUGAAAGACUUAACAUGGAUUAUUGGAAAAUCGUGGCGACUCAGCAGAAAUGCAAGAUGAACAAUCAGACUAAAAAUUUAGACUGCACGAUGAGCAAUUCCAUCCCGGCAGUCGAAAUUUUUAUGGUCAAAAUUUUCAUGUUGCUGGUUGUGGGCAUUACUAGCGGGAUGUGGAUCUGGACUUCAAAGACUCUUCAGUCCUGGCAAAAUGUCUGCAGUCGAAGAUUAAAGAAGAGGAGUCGGAGAAAACCUGCAAGUGUUAUCACGAGUAGCGGGAUCUACAAAAAACCUCAGCAUCCCCAGAAAACCCACCAUGCAAAAUAUGAAUCUGCAUUGCAGCCACCCACCUGUGUAUGAACGGGCUGCGUAGGAAAGGGGCUCAGCCUGUAGAGAGUUGCAAACGGCCACUGUAGCAACCCGCAACUGAAAAUAAGAAUUGGUGCUUUUUGUCAGAGGACGGUAGAGCAGAGCAAGGCAAAAUGUGUCCCCCUGAAAUUCGUGAGAAACUGCAGGUAAAUCUACUUAGGGAAAUGUUUUCAGUGAAAGGAGUCUUGUCAGUGUGAGCAGCCUCUUCCGUUUCUAAGUUAGAGUAAGAGCCUUCAUCCAGCCCUCUGAUGUUGCUUAACUUUCUGUAGCUGAGCCGGCUUUCUUACAGCUUUCUGAGUAACGAGGUAGGGUCAAGUUUUGUGGAGCUCCUAUUCUGCUGUCCAAGGGCCUGCUUGAGGAAUUGUUAUUUGGGGAAACAAACGGUUCCACCGAGGCCUGCGCUCAGUAAGUGUGCACUGCUGUCUGUGCAGGCAACUUGUGUGCGAACCUGAAAAAAAAAAAAAAAAGAGAGCCUUUCCAACGCUUCUCACUUUACUGGGUUUGGAGUGCCUAAAACUGGGCUCAAUCUACAAGGCUCACCAAUAUGCUUUUGCUAAAAGAGAAACUUCCUGCACCAGACAAACUUUGUGAAUAAGAAUAAUGUGCAAUACAUUUUUUUUCCCUUACCAUGACAUGAAAAGAGAAACAAGUAUUUUGCUGUACAUAAAGGCAACAAAAGAAAUCCCUUAACAAAAGAACUAAGAGGUCUAGUCCUCAGAAACCCUUUAGUGUUACAUUUUGUGGCUUUUUAAUGGAAAUCAAGCCAAUGUUAUACACGUUUGGACUGAUUUGUGCAAAAAAAAAGGGGGGAAUCAAUUCAAAGAGACCCAAAGGGCUUAUUGACUCUUUCUAUUGUUAAACAAAUUCUCACCAUGAAUAGAUCAAGAAGCACUAGAUUCUGCAAAGGGAAGCUUUGUAUAGAGUGAUGCUCUUUACUGUGCUGUGGGCGCAAUUAUUUGCUGUAUAUAUGUGUAACAUACGAUUAUUUUUCACGCUCCACUAUUUUAUUAAAAAUAAAAUAUGUUCUUUAGUUUGAUAA